GGGUGGAGAGAGCAUCAGAGAGAGUGAUAGAGAGGGAGAGAGAGAGAAGAAAUAAGCAGAGAGGAGUGGGGCAGUGACAGAGUGGAGAGGAGAGAGCAGCAGAGGUGUUCAAACCCCAGACCAGAGGAAGACUUCCUGCAGAGCAUCAUCAUCAUUUCAAGUCGGGAGUGUCUGUCCGUCGUCAUGGCCCCUCCCUCUCUGUUGAUGGUGCUGAUGGUGGUUGCCAUGGCAACAGGGGCCCGCUCAGCCAGCGAGGAGAAUGUGCUGGAUUACGGGUACUGGAACUACAGAGAGGGAGCUGACAGUGUGAAUGUGGCCACCGUGCGCAGUGUGACCAGAGUUUUAGACGCCUGGGGAAAACGGAUCUUCAACGAGAUCAAGACUUUGCUGCACUCUCAGCCCAGCACACUGCUGCCUGACUACUCCAGGGUGCGCCCUCUGUCCGAGUCCGUCAACGACUUGUUCAGAGAGGUGUCUCUGCUGCGCAAGCGCAUCACCGAGCUCUCCCAUCGCCUAGCAACGCUGGAGCCGUUCCUCCGUCACUACGGCUACCGGGAGGAGGGGGAGGCGGCGGGGGAGGGAGCGGGAGAGGGAGCCGUGGCGCCUCAGAGCCUGAGAGGAGAGGUGGCGAGGCUGGCCCGGUACAGCCCGAGGAGCGCGGGGAGAGCGGGUCCGCCGGCCGGGAGCCGGGUGGUGAGGAGGAGGCGGGUCAGAGUCCUCCACAACGGAGGAGCGAGGCCGGUGCAGAGGGCGAGACGCACUGAUGGAAGGAAGUGAGCAUGGUGACACACAAAGAGCUCCUGCAAAGAGUAUAUAUAAUAAACACUUGUCUGACACGGCGGGUAACACCAAUCUCAGAUGAAGAGGGAGUCCUGUUUACAGGAAGACGGAGAGAAGCAAACAAAAGACGAGGCGAAGGAGCAGAAGAUGGCACUCAUCUACGGCCAUUAUCUCAAACCGCCACACGACCGCUGGGACAUAAUAAUGUGAUCUGUUGCAACAUGUGCUCAGUGCAUUCAAAUGUCAAAUAUAAACAUGACACACAUGAAAGAAGUCCUGUUACCUGCUGCCAACCUGUGGACGCACCAAAUGAAA